GGGGGGGGGAAGGGGGGGUGUUAAAAAAGAAAAGAAAAAGGAAAGCAUUGUGAGAAAGAAGAAUGAAAGACGGCGGAGGAAAAUAAAAAAGAUUCUAAAAGAGACCGCCAGGAUAAAGCAGCCCUCGGUCGGCGGGAAGGAGCAGCUCUGGCUUGUGGGGAUCUCCGGCACCAACAGCAGCAAUCAGGCUCUUUUGUGGACGAUAUUUUGAUGGCAUGACAAAUCAGAAAGAAGAGGAUGUACUGUAUGACUAGACACAAGAUCAGUUCUGUUUUUGGAUUACAUUUUCAGUAAGAUGUAUGGAUCUAUUUUUUCCUUGUUCUUAAAUAUAGAUCAUGAGACUUGACUGAGGCAAUAUACAUAUCAUCCAUCCAUCUAUGGCGAACUACAGCCAUGCAGCUGACAACAUUUUACAAAAUCUCUCUCCUUUAACAGCUUUUCUGAAACUGACUUCACUGGGUUUCAUAAUAGGAGUCAGUGUGGUGGGUAACCUUCUGAUCUCCAUUUUGCUAGUCAAAGAUAAGACCUUGCACAGAGCUCCUUACUACUUCCUGUUGGAUCUUUGCUGCUCAGAUAUCCUCAGAUCUGCAAUUUGUUUCCCAUUUGUUUUCACGUCUGUAAAAAAUGGCUCUACUUGGACGUAUGGGACUCUUACUUGCAAAGUUAUUGCCUUUUUGGGGGUUUUGUCCUGCUUUCACACUGCUUUCAUGCUAUUCUGCAUAAGCGUCACCAGAUACUUAGCUAUUGCCCACCACCGUUUUUAUACGAAAAGGCUGACCUUCUGGACUUGUUUGGCUGUUAUCUGUAUGGUGUGGACCCUCUCUGUGGCCAUGGCUUUCCCCCCAGUUUUAGAUGUGGGCACCUACUCGUUCAUUAGGGAGGAAGACCAAUGCACUUUCCAGCAUCGUUCCUUCAGGGCUAAUGAUUCCUUGGGAUUUAUGCUUCUUCUUGCCCUUAUCCUCCUAGCCACACAGCUUGUCUACCUCAAGCUGAUCUUUUUUGUUCACGAUCGCAGGAAAAUGAAGCCAGUCCAGUUUGUUGCAGCGGUGAGCCAGAACUGGACUUUUCAUGGUCCUGGAGCAAGUGGUCAAGCAGCUGCUAAUUGGCUGGCUGGAUUUGGAAGGGGUCCCACACCUCCAACCUUGUUGGGAAUCAGGCAAAACGCGAACACCACAGGCAGGAGAAGGCUACUGGUUUUAGAUGAGUUCAAAAUGGAGAAGAGAAUCAGCAGAAUGUUCUACAUCAUGACAUUCCUCUUUCUGACCUUGUGGGGUCCGUAUUUGGUAGCCUGUUACUGGAGAGUUUUUGCAAGAGGGCCUGUAGUACCAGGGGGAUUUCUAACAGCCGCUGUCUGGAUGAGUUUUGCCCAAGCUGGAAUCAAUCCUUUUGUCUGCAUUUUCUCCAACAGGGAGCUGAGGCGCUGUUAGCACAACCCUUCUUUACUGCAGAAAAUCCAGGUUACCAAGGGAACCUUACUGUGUUAUAUGAGGGAGCAUCUGUAAAUCUUUAGCCUUGUGAAACACUACCAUUCUCUGCUAAGCAAUUGUGGCCUGUAGCCAUGUCUUGAGGAGAAAAUCAAGAAUGGGAUGUCAGCAGUUGUAAGGAUUUGGGCAACAUUCUGCAGUCUUUGCAAUAGCUCACCUCUAAUCCUAUUUUAAACCUAAACAUGUUCCUGCUGACCACUGCUGAAGGUUUGUAAUUAAGAACAAAGGACUGAACUACUGCCCUGAAUUCCUUUAUGUGGUUGAAAUCUAGAUUAUGAAAGUAGCAGGUGCUAAGUAUCAGUGCUAAAUGCUGUGUAUAUCACUACAUAAAAUAAGACCAUCAAAAAGAUUAGCAUUGGACAUCUUAAUAAAUUAAGUUGAUAUGAGGUUAAUGUGUUGAUAAAACUAAUUUUAGACAUCUGAAGAUCUUUAAAACAUUUCAUACAAUUAUUGUUUUGCAAAGACUGAAAACUGGGGACUCAAGUACUGUAACUGAUUAAAGAUGUGCCAUGCAUUAUUGGAUUAUCACACUUACAAAUCUGUUUGCCUUGUGAGUAAGUUUUGGGGAGCGUUCCAAAGCAGUAUUUUUGUUCAGAUUUAGACUUUUUUUUUUUUUUUUCCCAAAUAUAUUACUCUUUCUAAAUACCAUUUUCCUUAACAGUGAAAUUACUAACAUUUAACUGUAUUCUGUGGGUUUUGCUGAUUUGGUAAAAAGUUUAAUAGACUCUUAUUUAUAUUUUUAAAAAAGCUAGAUAUCGGUCUGUUAGGCAACGUUAAUGAUAAUAUCCAGUCAUAAUUGAACAGUUAUAAUUACACAGAAUAAACACAUGUUGCCUUAAAGGGUUAUCUAGUAUCUUCCAUUUUGUUUAGCAUUGAAGCAAAGAAGCAAGGAAAAUUGAAUCAAUAACUCUGGUCAGUCAUUUGGGAGUGCAUGAAAGAUCACUUAGUCCUCUUUUUUCCUUUUUACUCCAGUGGUUCCCAAAAUCAGUAUGCACAUCACUGGGAUGAUAUGAUUUUUUUCUAGGUGUGCCGCCCUUUCUAGUUUGUUCUGAGAAACACAGGCAGUUGAUGUAUGUUUAUAUUUUAAGACAGCUGUCAUGGGGAGACCGCAGCCUUAGUAUGAUAUCUUGCACAAUUUGUGAAGCAUUUAUUCUACUGAAGGCACAGUCUUGUUUAUAUUUUCUGCACAUUUUUGUGUAUUGGUUGUUUUAAAUUAUUUAAGUUUUAACUUGUGAGAGCAUAUAAUAUGAUUUCUUAGUAUUUUAGAAAUACAUUAGAGUCUGUGAGUCUUUCCUUCUUUAAGAUACAGAUGUGUGGAUUUCAAUAUAAAGUUGCAUUUGCCAAAAUUUACCUGUGUAGCUUGUUAAUUUUCUUGGAAUAAAAUUUUACAUUUUUCCAGU